UAGUUCCAGAGAGCAUGCGGGCAGUGUGGUUUGUGCCAGACUGAUGUGGAACUGCUCCACAGAGAACUCUGCUGAAUAGACUCUACUACAUGUUGUGCUUUCUUUCUAAAUUAGGAAAGAAAGAACAGUCAGUCAAGUUAAGUAGAGCGGGAAAAGGUUCCGUCCGGGAGUUCAGAACGUUGACGAUCGCGGUCCGGGACGGUUCGGUUUUGAAAAGUCGUAACCGUAGCCGACGGUCGGGCUCGGUGCACGUGCACCCUUUUUUAGAGUGGUAGAAACUAGUGAGUCGUGUUGUGGUUUAAAAGUGGGGGUAGAGUGCGAAAAAUUGCUGACAACCGAGGGACCCCCCUUAAGCGGAUACAAACUUUAAGCCGAAUGCUGUGACCUUAGCGCGUAAACUAAAUCGUGAAACAAGCGCGAAUGAAUUACAGAUGCCAUCAACGAUUAAUUAAAAGACUGUAUUUAGGAACCUACUGCCCAAUUAAGACUUGACGACUGACCGCGAAUCAACGAUGAAACUACCGCUACCAAAAUACUCAUGGCUGCCGGUGCUGGCCACCUGGCUUCUGCUGGUCCUCGUCGUUAGCCCACCUCGCCUGGUUCGGACCGAAGCCCUUACGGCUGCCGGUGUCAUUCAGGUGGUCCAUCUCACCAAGGAAGUCGUCUCCAGCAUCCUGGAAACGUGGGACAUCAUCGAGGAGGUCGGCGACGUUCAUCUGCCCUUCAAACGGAACAAGGAUGAAAAAAUCCUCAAACGAAUGUACGAAUUGAGCCAGCAGAUCCAGGCUAGUGAGAAUCAGAUCAUCAACAACGCAGAGGUUACGAUGGGCAUGCUGAUCCGUCAGCUGGCGUUUGAAUCGAAGGUGGAGAAUUUUAUGCAGGAGCUGGCCGAUCUCAUGAAUCGGCUUAGCCACCGGGAGCAGCUGAUGCGAUCGUACCUGGAAUCGGACGAGAAGGUCGAGCGGCUUACGUUGGAAGAUUUCGCCCGCAGUACGGUGGCACAGGACGCAAGCAGCGUUCCGGAACUGUUGGCCCGCAUCAAUUUGCUGGUGGCUGGCUCGAAGGAUCUGCCCUUCCGAGAGGCCGGUCUUCUGGAGCUGUUAAUGCGCGCCACCUAUGUAAGUAUUCUCCUGUUCAUUUUUUUGAAAGAAACGCAAACAUACAGGAUCAUUUGAUGUUGAAAUCUUCAG